UACUAAUAUAAGAUCAAAAUCCACCACACAUCGAUUCCUACUAAAAGAAACAAAACACCAGAUUUGUCCAUGUUCCUUCCCCUCCUUCUUCUUCUUCUUCUCCUCUGCGGAGAAUUCAGUUUCUGAUCUGUUUCACUCAUCAGUUUCCCAACUUCCACGAAAGAUCUGAUUUUUUGGUCUCUUUCUCAAGCAUACAAAUGUUUCCAUGAAAGGAUGAAACUUUAAUUUUUGGUCGCGUCGAGAGAUCAUUCAUCACUCUGUUUUGGGUUUUUUUUCUCGAAUUUUGAUAAUGGCGAGAGGAAGAGUGGGUGUUGAGAAAGAGGAAGGCGAAAAGCACAUAGGGUUACUAAAACUGGCCCAAACGCUGUCGUUUCUGCUCGUAUUCAUGGCCGGAAUCAUCAUCGGCCUCGCCGCUAGCUCCCACAUCGAUCGCUACUUCAACUCCUUGCCCACCACGGCGUUCUCAUCCUCCUCCUCUUCCGCCGGCGUCGCCCUACAAACCGUUCCCGAUUACUCCAACUGCACAGUCGUCCACCGCGACUGCGACGGCGACGAGGACGAUAAGAAGGAGGCGGCGACGAAACGAAAGGAUCGAGAUUGCUGGAGCGUCGCUGGGUUCGUACGGCCGGAGAAUCUGAGCCACGGGAUGAGCGACGACGAGCUGUUCUGGAGAGCGUCGAUGGUUCCGGCGAAGGAGGAGUAUUAUCCGUACGACAGGGUUCCGAAGGUGGCGUUCAUGUUUCUGACGAGAGGGCCUUUGCCUAUGCUUCCCCUCUGGGAGAAGUUUUUUAAACGCAACGAGAAGUAUCUGUCGGUUUAUGUCCAUACCCCUCCCGGUUACGACAUGAAUGUGUCACGUGAUUCCCCGUUUUACGACCGGCAGAUCCCCAGUCAGAAAGUAGAAUGGGGAUCACCACUAUUAACAGAUGCAGAGAAGCGUCUUCUAGCCAACGCAUUGCUCGACUUCUCAAACGAGCGUUUCGUUCUCCUCUCGGAAAGCUGCGUCCCUGUCUACAACUUCUCCACCGUCUACUCUUACCUAAUAAACUCCGCUUACAGCUUCGUGGACUCCUACGACGAGCCAACGCGUUACGGCCGCGGGCGUUACAGCCGCAAGAUGCUCCCGGACAUCAAACUGCACCACUGGCGGAAAGGCUCUCAGUGGUUCGAAGUGAACCGCAAACUCGCCGUCUACAUCAUCUCCGACUCGAAGUACUACUCGCUGUUCAAACAGUUCUGCAGACCCGCUUGUUACCCCGACGAGCAUUACAUCCCGACGUUCUUGAACAUGUUCCACGGUUCAGUGAACGCGAACAGGAGCGUGACGUGGGUGGAUUGGUCCAUUGGGGGUCCGCAUCCAGCUACGUAUGCGGCGGAUAAUAUCACGGAAGGGUUUCUACAGUCGAUAAGGAGAAACGAGACGGAUUGUCUUUACAAUGAAGAGCCGACUUCUUUGUGCUUUCUUUUUGCUAGGAAGUUUGCUCCUAGUGCCUUGGCUCCUCUUAUGAACUUGAGCUCUACGGUCAUGGGGUUUUGAAGGAAAACAGCUGAUUGAUUUCUCUUUCAUGUUUCUAACUUUUAUAGAGAUGUGAUGAGAUGAGAGAUUCUUCUACGAGAUAUAUACUUAGGACUUCUUUUGGCUAUAAAUAAGCCUUUUUGUAUGUAAGAGUUUUGCUUCGAGCUAAGCUAAUCUAGUUAUGAUUACCAACAUCUCA